CUCGGGCUCGGAGCCGACAUGGGCGCCGCCGCGUGGGCACUGCCGCCCCUGGCGCUGCGAGUGUCUCUGCUGCUGCUGCUUCUGCCGCUCCCCGGGCUGCCCGCGGGCUCCUGGGACCCGGCCGGUUACCUGCUCUACUGCCCCUGCAUGGGGCGCUUUGGGAACCAGGCUGAUCACUUCUUGGGCUCCCUGGCAUUUGCCAAGCUGCUGAACCGCACUUUGGCCGUCCCCCCCUGGAUUGAGUACCAACACCACAAGCCUCCCUUCACCAAUCUCCAUGUGUCCUACCAGAAGUACUUCAAGCUGGAGCCCCUCCAGGCCUACCAUCGGGUCCUCAGCCUGGAGGACUUCAUGGAGAAACUGGCGCCCACUCACUGGCCCCCCGAGAAGCGGGUUGCGUACUGCUUUGAGGUUGCAGCCCAGCGAAGCCCAGAUAAGAAAACGUGCCCCAUGAAGGAAGGAAACCCCUUCGGCCCGUUCUGGGAUCAGUUCCACGUGAGUUUCAAUAAGUCCGAGCUUUUUGCAGGCCUUUCCUUCAGCGCCUCCUACAAAGAACAGUGGAUCCAGAGAUUUUCCCCAAAGGAACAUCCGGUGCUUGCUCUGCCAGGAGCCCCGGCCCAGUUCCCUGUCCUGGAGGAACACAGGCCUCUCCAGAAGUAUAUGGUGUGGUCAGACGAGAUGGUGAGGACAGGAGAAGCUCAGAUCCGUGCCCACCUCAUCCGGCCGUACGUGGGCAUUCAUCUGCGCAUUGGCUCCGACUGGAAGAAUGCCUGCGCCAUGCUGAAGGACGGGACGGCGGGCUCGCACUUCAUGGCCUCUCCCCAGUGUGUGGGCUACAGCCGCAGUGCAGCAGCCCCUCUCACCAUGACCAUGUGCCUGCCCGACCUCCAGGAAAUCAGGAGAGCCGUGAAGCUCUGGGUGAGGGCGCUCAACGCCCAGUCAGUCUACAUCGCCACUGAUUCUGAGAGUUAUGUGCCCGAGAUCCAGCAGCUCUUCAAAGGGAAGGUGAAGGUAGUGAGCCUGAAGCCCGAGGUGGCCCAGCUCGACCUGUACAUCCUCGGCCAAGCUGACCACUUCAUUGGUAACUGUGUCUCCUCCUUCACUGCCUUCGUGAAGCGAGAGCGGGACCUGCAGGGGAGGCCGUCCUCCUUCUUCGGCAUGGACACGCCCCCCCUGCUGCGGGAUGAAUUCUGAUCCUGGCGGGGACACGUCUGCAGUCUGAGCUGGAGCCCCGGCCAGGCCUGGCAGCCCGAGGUGCUCCCAGGGUGCGAGCUCCUUCUCGCCUCCCCGAGCCGGAGAAGAGUGCCAGGUCCUUCCUGGAGGAAUCCGGCCCAUCUCCCAGGGUUCCUCAGAGCCAGGAAUCUCCCCACCUCUGUGCUUACUGCUGUUCUCCCAGGCAUUUCUCACGUCUGCAAAGCAGCUCAGCCUCUCUGGUCUGCCCUGCUCUGAGCAGCCUGGAAUGCCCAACUUUUUUCGCAGUUUUUUUAUAUAAUAUACAGAGAAGCAAUUUUUAUAGUUUUGAUACAAGGUCAUGACUACCCUAGAUUUCUCCCUCUUUUUAAAAAAGCAGCAAAGUAACAAAGUUUGUUGAUAUUGGUACCAAAAGUGACCUUAACUGAAUGUGGAAGAGGCCAGGACUGGGUGGGUCUACAGGCCAUUUUCCUAGGUGGCCCUGAGACUGAUCUCCACUGCCUGGCGGGAGCCAUUGUCAUCACCUACUUCCCAGGCUGGUUCUCCGUCAUGGUGCAGUGCAGCGCUCCGACAGCCGCUGAGCGCCACCCGCACAGCGCGUUCCCUGUGGGGGCACAUGCCAUGAAGACAGACCGCUCUGCUCCUUGGAUUCCUCUCAGAGCCUUUCUGUGGUUGCUGGCUGCCACACACCUGCCGUCAGGGCCCUGGAGUGCACCACUGUGAGCCGGGGCUUCCUGGCCUGGCAGGACCCUUCUACAAGGGCCCCUUCCCUUCGCACCUCCUGCCCCACGCCUGUGGCUGGUAGAAUACUGCUACCAGGUUCUCUAGCCUCUGGCCUGCAGCUGGAGCCCUCACCCGUAUUCACCAAGGAGCGCAUGUGUGCUAAGCCUCUGAUGAUGCAGCAGUUGCCCCAGCUCCAGGAGCCAUCAGUUCCUUGCUUGGAAGCAGCCUUUGUCCCUUUCCAUCCCAUGUCCUCUCAGCCAGCACCAUGAGGCAUAAGGUGUGUUAUGAAUCAUGAGUUUGUCUCUCAUGUGCUGCAGCUCUAACAAUUCAUGACUCCUGAGAGCCUGUGGGUUCUCAGCCUUGUGGUUCUGAAAUUCCACAGCUGACACCUGUGCAGCUCCUCUCCACCACGUGACCUCCCUCAGCCUUUGAUCCUGGAGAGGCGGCACAGCCUCGUUUGAGCCUGGCCCAGACCCCCAUGCAAGGGCUUCCUCUCUUGAUCGCCUUCGGGAGGAAAUGCUUUUUUGACAGGAGUAGACUGGGCCAGAGGUCAGAGGUUGCAGGGGAUCAAGGAUCUCAGACGUCAGCCUUGGCAUUUGCUGCUAUGAGCUGCUGCCUAAGUCAGAGAAACUUCCAGAAAGGGCUUUUUAAUUUGCCCUCUUGGUCGACCAGUGAAGUGUUAGAAUCCUGGGUGGACUACGAGAGACAGUUGGUCUACACAGACUUGCUCUGAAACCCCAUCAAGAGAAAGGGCCACAGACAGGGAGCCCAGGUGCUGCCUGCCUGCAUCAGGCCGUUAGUGUGUGGCCUGCUGGCUGAUCUGAUUUCUGACUUCAUAUGUCAUUCAUGCCCUUACCAAGUCUGCGCUCUAGAGUCUGGGGCUCCACUGGGCCACCCAAGCCAUGCGGACCAGCUUUUCCAUCGUUCUACCUUGGGUUCUGCGAGAAGGGCACCAGAACUCCCAUCAGACUCGGUUGUGCUGUGUGGGCAGGCGCUGUAGCCUUGGCCCUGUGUCCUCACUAGAAAGUGGUGAUAAAGCUGGCGUGUUGUGGAAAGGCUCAAGUCAACUGAAGUGUGUGGUCUGUACAGAUGCAACUGUAAACUUGAAAGAGACAAAAGCCCAUGUGUGGCUGCUGGUGAACUUGCACACCUACUCUGUGCACAUACUGAGUUUACUGUUUCAUGGGCAUUCUGUUGUCAGUUCCUGGGAAGCAGGAACUGCCGUCAAUCCUGCUCUUUGCACAAGGCAAAAGUGAAUUCUCAGAGUUCCCAUAACUUUCCUGAGGCCACCCUGCUGCUGACGUUAACGUUAAGCCAGGAUCUGACCUCCCAGAGCCAGUCCUGUUGGCUGCCGGGCUCAACUGCCUCCGGUCCACAGAAUGCCCUCCGUAUUGUGUGUGCCAAGGAGGUCUCAGCCGGAAGUUGUCAGCCAGUUCCACCGGAUACCUGCUGUGAGUCUGUGGCUGCAGGUUUCUGGAGGUGGAGGUCACCUAAGAAAUAGGAGCCCAUCCAAGGUUUUUAGCCCCUUGGAUAGUUAUUUAGUUCAAUGUUCUCUAAUGUAACGGGCAUUUAUUAAUCACCUACUAUGUGCCAGGCCCUGUGCAUGGCAGUAGGGAUGCAGCAGAGCAUCAGACACAGUCUGUUCUCAAGAUAUUUGCAUUCUAGAGAGUGGAAGACGUAAUAAACAAGUGUGCCCUGGGAGGUGUUGAUAAGUGCUAGGAAGAAAAGUGCAGGCUGUUGGGAGGUGGAGCAGCAGUGUUGUUUCAGAUAAGCAGCCGAGCAGGGCCUCUCCCAGGAGGGAGAGGGUAGCCACUGUGUGCCUUCGGAGAGUGGGGAGGCCAGCGCGGGUGGAGUGGCAGGAGCAGGGCCGGGGACAGCGUGGUGGGUCACGGUGGGCGAGGCCCAGCCUGGCAGCCUGGAGGCCCAGCGAGGUCCACACCUGGCUUCUAGUGGGAAGGAAUGGGAAGCCUUUGUCAGUCUGAGAAUUCUGCCAUGCGUUUUUGAAGGACCCCUUUAGCUGGCCUGCGGAGUGGUGGCUGAAGAGAGAAAGGGGGAGAGCAGAGGCCUGUGUGGGGCUGUGUUGGGGUGCAGGUGAGAGGCGGGGUGGGGGGGCCCUUACCUCCUGUGCCCCCUGGGCUAGAACCCUGGUCCCUGUUUUCCCAAGAGACAAGGGCUCUGUGCUGGAGCAUGGUGGGCUGUGGGAAGGUCCUGAGUAUGGAAAAAUCAUUUUCACAUUUCAGGUCCCUUUAGAAGAUAUCAAUUUUUACAUAGUCUUAAUCAUGCAGUAUAUACAAUUGAAAUUGAAUGCUUUUUUUUUUUUUUGCUUACUAGUGUAUCAUGUUUCUCCUCUUGGUACAUAGCCUGAAUAAAUGCUUUUAAUUAUAUAAAAUUCCACUAAGGGUAUUACAUAGUUUAUCAUUUUCCUAUGAAAAGAUUUGAAUGUGUGCCCCAUUUUUUACUAUUUUUAUUUGAAAAAUAUUUUUAUUUGUAAAGACUUUUCAUUUAAAAUGUUCAUUAAGAUAAAUUCCCAGAAGUAUAUUUGUCAUAUCAAAUACUUAGAACAUUUUAUUAUGGGAAAAUUCAAAUAUGCAUAAAAACCCUGAGUAAUAAAAUGAACUCACAGUUUCAACAGCUGUCAACCUUU